GUCGAUAAAUACCCGGUUUGGUCCAGAUUACUUCCGCUUGCAAACUACUAACACACGGCACGAUACCGUAUAAAACCAACCAGCAGAGUUGCACCUUUCCCGGAGGGUUUCCAUGCACAACAGCCAACCCCUGACGCGGCACGGAGCCGAUGACAGCAACUUCAACCUCUUCGCCGUCUACCAACAGAACUACCGGGCCGCUUUCCACGCGGCCGUUGCAGCCGGUGAGGUCAAGCCGCUGGUCCUCCCAUGGUCCUUCAUCGGGUCAUUCUUCUUACCCCUUUUAUACCUCAGCAUCCCACACACACAGCGGCCAUGGCUGUACCGCAUGCGCUGGCUUGUCGCUGCCGCCAUCGUCUACCUGAACGCCCGUGUCAUGCAGACGACCUCGGCCGGAAAUGAGGCAUUGGCAUACGCCACGGGCCUGAUGGCCGCAUGGGGAACCCUAUGGUCCCUGACGCUGCUCAUCUUCACCCGGCCGCAGUGGGAGGCAGCGAGGGUUGAGCGCAGACCACGGAGGAAGCAACAGCAGCACGAGGGGGAGGAGAAACCGGAACCGGACCUGAUGAUGAUCAAACCUCCAGACGAAAGCGUCGCCGCCGCGCUCGCCGACGGGAAAGCGGAGUAUUACUGGCAGCGCUUCCCGUCCGAUUCGCCGUUCUUCACCCGCCUCUGCUGGACCGCCGACCUGCUCGUCUCGUUCCGCGGCACCGGCUGGAACCAUGCCAUCCCCGCCGUCCCACACCCGCCGUUUCCUUCUUCACUUGUGGGCGGCGACCACCCGGAGGACGACGACGAAGCCCCCGUCCCCGUCCGGCUCGACCUGAUCCCCCUCGCCUCAAAACGGACCGGAACCGUCCGCUGGCCGACCUACGCCUCCUUCUUGCGCUCCCGUUUGACCACCCUGGCCGUGUCGUGGAUGGUCAUCGAUCUGCUGACCGUCACGGUCCGCAAGGACCCGUACUUUAUCCUCGGCCCGCCGGCUUGUUAUCAGUACUAUCCUCACCUUCCCCAAUACCCGUCGCUGGUGCGCAAUGUAGCCGCCAUGGCGGGCAUCGUCGCCGGCCUGCACCUGUACCAUGCUCUGGCACAGCUGCUAGUCGUGUUUGUCGCCGGCCCCCGGCUCAUGGGCGCCCGCGCCGAUCUCUGGCAGCACCCGGCGCUGUUUGGGUGCUUUUUGGCUAAUGUUGCUGAUGGUGGAUUGCAAGGGUUUUGGGGCGGGUGGUGGCAUCAGACGUUUCGGCGCGGGUUUCUUGCGCCGGGGAGGUGGCUUUUUUCUUCUUCUUCGUGGUAUUCCGCUUCUCCGGGUGGUGGUGGUGGUGGUGGUGGUGGUGGUGGUGGUGAUUACAGCCAUGAUCAUCAUCAGCAUCAGCAUCAUCAUCAUCAUGGUAAGCAUACCAGGAUCGGGGCCGGGACCGUUGCCAGACUAGCCACGCUAGCACUAGCCUUUUUGCAGAGCGGCCUGUUGCAUGCCGCCGGCGGGGUCACGUCCGUGUCGAGCACGCGCACGGUGCCGUGGACGCCCGUCGUGUUUUUCCUGCUGCAGCCUGUUGGCGUGGCGUUGCAGAUGGGGCUGAGCCGGGUGCUGCUCGGGUUGGUGAAUGUUGUGGUUGGUGGUGGUGGUGGAAAGGGGAAGGCUGGAGGGCAUACUAGUAGUGGUGCCGUGCUCCUCCCGCGCUGGGUGACGAGGGCGGCGAAUCUGCUGUUUGUUGCCGCCUGGCUGCACUUCACGGCGUGGGGGCUCGUGGACGACAUGAGCCGGGCCGGGCUGUGGCUGUUUGAGCCCGUGCCCGUGUCGCCGCUGAGGUUGGUUGGGUCCUGGUUGGGGUUGCACGGGGACGGGGCAAAGUGGUGGCGAUGGGAUGGCGAGUAUGGAUUGAGGUGGCAUAGCGGGAGGACAUGGUGGGAGAGCGGCGUGAGGUUGUGAUCUCGUCUUGGAUAGAAGCAUCAGUAGACUUGGGUAAGGCAUUUGGACUGGGAUGUAUCUGGAUUGGAUACGGUUUAGAAUAGAGAUUAGACCCGUAGGAUCAGGCUGUAUAUAGGUACAGUACUUGUGCUGAUCCUCAACUCAAGGAUAUUCAUCGACGAGG